AUGGCAGAUGAGCAGAACAAGAGAAAUGGAACUAGUUUGGAGACCCAUGUAACCGAGGCAGACAUGGAAAAAUCGGACGUCAAUUCAGCAACAAUCGCUCCACCGGAGGCAAAUUUGGACAAUUUUUCGCCAUACGACAUUUCAACUGCCCCGAAAAUCAUAUCUGGACUACCGCCCGAGAUAUGGACUAUUAUUCAGGCAGCACCUGCCAAGUUCCCACCGCAGUAUUUUCUCGACGUCAGUCGGAAUCUGCUCGAAAAUCCAAACUUGACUGCUUCACACCUUGCCCGUGCUGAGCUAUCGUAUCAGAGCUUUGCAGAUGCGACGUACAACCCCAAAGCCACAACGCCUGAAGAUCUAGCUAGCAUAGUCAAGCACCUGCGACCCGAAUGUCAGCCCCGGCUUGUGGAAGGCGGAGUGGAGGGGUACGACCUCGAAUGGACAGUGGUGAGAAAACUCAUCCCCCGGAAUCCCAACCUGGACAAACCAAUGAUGCAAACAUGUCACCUCUACACAUCAACCCAAGCCAUUGCAAUCACAACUCCCGCCGGGCAAGAAGAAACCGUCCAGGCAGAACGCUAUCUAGUCAUAUACAUCCCCCACGCCGAAGCCCCAGAAGACAUACCCUUCUACCACCCCACCGUCCGCUCCCUCGGCAUCCUAUACACCUAUCUACCGAAUCAAUCCAUCCUCCCCUCCCCCGGCACCCUCUCAAUCCACUUCGCCUUCUUCCCAACCCACCCACUCGACACCCGGCUGACGCGUACCGCCCUCAUGCUGCUGCAAAUCAUCCACAAGCACGCCAAAGGCCGACAAGCCGGGUACAAGAAGCGCGUGCACCACGACGUCAUCAUCCCGCAAAAGCGCUUCCAAGACACAUACGCGUACCUAAAGGGCAAGUACGCAAAAGCCCUGAUCGACGGCUGGGUCGAGCAGACGCCGCCCGGAGAAACACGUGUUUGA